AUGGCUUUUCCAAAGGACAAGAUUGCGUUCUUGUAUAUCCACAGAGAGAGCAGUGAGAUUGCCUUUGUCUCACAAUCUGCGUCCAGGCAUGUCCCAGUAGCAGCGAAGUGUGAUUUCUUGUUCUCUUCCAUGGUCGCGAGUGACAAGGCACAAGAUUUAGAGGCAGCCAAGCAAGCCACAAUGUCCAUGGCUCCGGAGAUCAACAGCUACAGCAUGUCCAUGCUUGGAGCUGAUUCAUGCUCACCGUGGGAAGCCAUCGUCUACGAGAGAUACAUUGGGAAUGGAUUCGAGGGCGUGGUUUUCAUCCAGGAUCCCGGUCAAGGGACUCUCCAGGAGGAUAGCGAGAGCAUGAGUUAUCUGGCGUCUCUGCUGCUGGACAACAGCGUCAUGACCAGAGAUUGCCUUCUGGAGCCCUUCACUUCACACACACCUCAAGAGGUGGACGACAUCACCUCCCAAGUUGUGGACAUCAUCGAGAAGAAUUACAUCCACUUUCCAAAGCACGAUCAGUGGUUCACCAGUAGAGGCAAACAAAGAUUUGCAGACAGAGUGAGGUACCACGUUGCAAGAAAUGUUCCACUCGAGUUCGUCUUGCCGGCAUUUCCAAUCAAGUCGUGCAAUCCCGACAAGACACUGGGAAAAUGCCCCGACAAGGCAGAGGAGCUAGCCAUCCAUUCCAUGAAGAUCGUUGCGGAUCUCAUCAAGGCCGUGUAUGCUCCAGGCGUGCACUACAACGUCGUCUCGGAUGGUCAUGUCUUCUCUGAUCUGGUCGGCUCGGAUGAUGCUGCCGUGGAUUCUUAUGGAGAGAUGUUUUGGGAGAUGGCACACAGUCUGUAUCCUGGCCUGGUCAGCUUCUUUCGCUUGGAUGAGUUUCUGCUGGACAACCACAGCGAGGACAGCAUUACGAAGCUCAUUUCCAACACCACCGUGGAGCAUCCCGUCGGGACCGAGCUCACCGCCAAUGCAGAGAAUGCCAGGCGAGCUCUCAUGUGCUUGUUUGGAUGUGAUGAGUCAACUGUCACCAAGGAGAUCAAAGAGGACCCGGAGACACGCAAUCUAUAUCGUGGCUUCUCCAGGUUCAUGCUCGAGGACUUGUACGAACACAAGAGCUGCAAGAACCUUCCGUCAAAAUCGGCCAAGAAGAAGUUGUGCAGCCGAGUUGCCUUUCUCAUGAUCCUCAGGAACCGUGCCUACUCGGCCAUGGUGGAGUGGCUCUUCCCUUUGCAGCUCCGCAUCUCCAUCCACCCUCAUCCAAACAGAGGUCCCAAGUAUGGCAUCAACGUCAUCCAUUCCUCUCUAGUGGCAGCCCAGCGUUCUUCCGAGGAGAAGAACUUCCACAUCCCAACACCAUGGCACAACGCGGUGGUGGAGCGGGCAGAUGGCAAGUUCAUGCUACUCCAUUCCAAGGUUAUCCGAGGGUCCGAAAGUUUGGGAGAACAGCUCGAGCUGAGCCAGCAGCUCCUGCUCAAGCGUGACGGCUUUACGAUGGUUCUUGUGAGGUAUCCGGACGGCAGACCCAGCCACUACAGGCAGAUCAGCGUCUGCUAG